UUCAUUCCCUGCCUCUGGGCUUGAAUUCUUUGCCUCUGAAGUGACUUGAAAUGUACUUUUAUUUUGCAAUGCUAUUGCUAAGUUGUUUCUUUUCCAAAGCACCUGUUGAAGGAAAAGGAAAAAAACAAACCAACACCAUACAAAAAACCAAAAAACAACUUAUAGCAAGAGUUGGAGAGGGCUGAGAAGAGGUGAAGCCAUUAUGAGCUGCCAGAAUGCCACCCUGGAGUUGAAGAGAGGGUCCCAGCAGGGGCCAAGGAGCCUGGUGAGAAAUGCAGAAGGUGCAAGUGCAGAGGAAGAGGUCAGCCCAGCCCUGCUUGAAAACCAGCUCAGCUUGGGUGACUUUGUCCAAAUACAGAGAGCCUUUGAGUCCUCAGAGCCAAGUCAAACCAUCUGUAUGUCCAGAGAAGAAUUUACGCAGAGGAUGACAGAGAUUGUUGGUUGGGGCACCAAGGAAGACUACGGAGAGCUCUUUGAUAAAGUGGAUGUGGCCCAAGAUGGCUUCAUUAACUGGGACAAGCUGACUUCAUUUAUAUUGUUAACACUUUAUGAGAAAGAUGAACAAUCCAAGGCAAUGGUGGUUCCCCAGUGGAAAGACCUGGAGUUCCUCCCAGUGAAGCACAAGGACACCAUUCAAAAAGUAAUUUUCCUAAAAAGUUCAAGCCGUUAUCUGACCAUCAGUAAGGAAGGUUUAUUAGGAAUCUGGGGAGAGAAUUUAAAGCUGCAAGAAACACUUCCCAUCACUUCUGAUGCCACCAGGCUUAAACACCUGUGGGUGACAAGUAUGGUUUCUCUGGAAAAUGUAAACAAGAUAGCUGUGGCUUUUACAAGUAAAGAGAUUUGUUUCUAUGAUCUAUUGUCCAAAGAAGAAUUUCCUUGUCAGUAUAGACUCCAAGGCCUGAAAGGAACACCAAUUUGCAUGGAUUAUUGGUAUGACCCUCUUGAUGCCAAUGAGUCAAUUCUUUCUUUUGGGGACAUAACCGGAAAGGUUCAGGUAAUUGCUUUCACAACAGCCUUGAUUUCCCUUUUCGAGCGUCCAGCUAGUGCAUGUGAAGAUGAAGAAGCUACUGUGACCAUUCACUGGGCAGAGCUGCUCUCUGGGUAUCAUUAAUGUUGCUAUACAUUAGAGCAUAAACUUCAUCGUGGAGAUUGGGUCAGACAAGUUACUUACAAUGCAUCUUUAGAUGCUUUUAUUUCCAGUACAACCAGCAAUACCAACACUGUGGUGCUGGCUUGGAGAGAGAAAGCCAAAAAACAUCUUAAAAUGACAUCCUUCAGCAUUGCCCAGGGCAUUCAUGCUUUUGAUUACCACUCUCGGCUCAAUUUAAUUGCCACUGCUGGCAUUAACUAUAAAGUUUGCCUUUGGAACCCUUAUGUUGUCUCUAAGCCAGUUGGUGUCCUUUGGGGUCACUCUGCCAGUGUGAUAGCCGUCCAGUUUUUUGCUGCAAGAAAACAACUUUUCAGCUUCUCCAGAGAUAAAGUUUUGAGACUCUGGGAUAUUCAGCACCAGCUGUCCAUCCAGAGGAUAGCUUGCUCUUUUCCCAAAAGUCAAGACUUCAGGUGUCUCUUCCAUUUUGAUGAAGCCCACGGACGACUUUUCAUCUCAUUUAAUAAUCAGCUAGCAUUGCUGGCAAUGAAGAGUGAAGCUGGCAAGAGGGUGAAAAGCCACAAGAAAGCAGUCACUUGUGUGCUUUACAAUUCAGUCUUGAAGCAGGUAAUCAGCUCUGAUGCGGGGUCGACUGUUUCCUUCUGGAUGAUAGACACCGGGCAGAAAAUCAAACAGUUUACAAGUUGCCAUGGCAACGCAGAAAUCUGCACGAUGGCCCUUGAUGCAAAUGAGACACGGCUUUUGACUGGCAGCACAGAUGGGACGGUAAAGGUCUGGGACUUCAAUGGCCUUUGUCACCAUACACUAAAUGUUGGGCAAGAGGGAGCUGUGGAUAUUUCACAUAUUCUGGUUCUGAAGAAGAUAAUACUGGUUACAGGCUGGGACAGGUAUGAUAUGCAAAGCCAUAGGAAGACGGGAAAGGCUAUUACUGUGUUCCGACCUCAGAACUUCAAUCAAUUUUUCAUCCACCCUGAAGAAUGGAAGGGAGGAGUACAGCACCAUGACGAUAUCUUAUGUGCUGCAUUUUUACCUCCACAAACUCUUGUUACAGGGAGUUAUGAUGGAGAAAUUGUUCUAUGGAACAAUAGCACAGAAAAUGCUCAUCACGUCCUUCAUCCUGAUUACCAGCGGCUGCUAAAAACAAAAUCGGAUACAGAGUCUCAGAAGUUUCUCAGUGCUGGGAAGAGAUGCUCCACCCACCCCACAGCAGACCAGGCUACCCUGGGAGCCUGUUCCUUAGAGACGGACACAGAGCGCAAUAAUGCUGUUAUGAGGCUUUGCUUCCUUGAAGCAAGAAAAAAAACCUCAGCAACAGGGGGAGCCAACCUGGUGUCAUGUGGAGGAUCUGGGUAUGUCAGAUUCUGGGAUACAUUUAAGAAACAACUUUUGGCUGAAUUUUUGGCUCACAGAGGAGUUGGUUCCAUUAUCAUGUCUACUGGCAAAUCAAAUCGAUACCUCGCCACAGGAGAUCUUGAGGGGUGGUUGAAAAUCUGGAAUAUAGAGGAGUACUGUCUUAAUUCCAAUGAGAACAAACUCACACAGGCCCCAACUCUGAUAAGAUCAUUCAGACCUCAUGAAGACUGGAUAAGUUCCUUAGCGAUGUGUGAGCCUGGCAGCCGCUCCCUGGUUCUCUCCGCCUCUGCAGAUUGCAGCAUCUGUGUGACUGAUGUCUGCAGUGCUUCUGUCCGGAUCUUUGGUCAGGGAAAGCAUUGGCAACUUGAGAACUGUUUUUCCCUUCCUAAAAGAGACAAUAAUUUAAUGGAAAAUAAGAUUCAAGAGGAAAGCACAAAGGAAAUUCCUUUACUUUCCAAGGAGGAAUCAUGCUUGGACCCAACAAAACCUUCUCUACUUGAUAAGAAAAACAAAUAUUCAGCAGAUAGUGUCAGACCAUCAGAGGUCAUAAACUUAGGUAUGAAAUACAAGGAAAGAAAUGUUUAUAGGAAAAAAAUGCACCACCUUUACAAUAGUGAAGCUAUACAAAAAUCACUCAAUGCUUUUCGGUCAUUAAACAUUGGAACCUUGAAAGAGUUGCCUGAAGUGAGUAAACCAGCUUUUCUUCUAGACCCUGAGAAAUACUUCAGGGAAGACCUGGAGGAGGAAUGUCCCCAAAUUCCAGAGCUUCCACCACUUUCUGAAACGUUGAAAGCAGGAUUUGGUGAGAAAAACCUGUUCCCCAAAGAAAUUCUGGAUCGUGAAAGAAGAGUCAAGCAAUUAUGUCAAGAAACAAGUAGUGAAGUGAAGAUAAAAAGAAAUAAGAGGCCAUUACAAUUGAAAGAAAAAUAAAUA